AUGUUUAACAAUUACGGCAACACGAUGGCGACGGAUCCGUUCCGGAAGGUGGAACAAUACUCGCCCAAAUCAUCGCCCCGUGCUGGAGGGGCCGGGGGUCGAUCGCCCGUCGUCGCCCGUCAGGAUUCCUCCGGCACAUUAAAGACCACGAUCCAGCUUGGGAAAAACCCCUCGAUACUCCACAGUGGACCGUUUUACUUAAUGAAGGAACCACCGGGGGAAGGUGAACUGACCGGAGCCACGAAUCUGAUGGCACACUAUGGUUUAGAGCAUUCGUAUAGUAAAUUUAGUGGUAAAAAGGUUAAGGAACAGCUAUCAUCAUUUCUCCCGAAUUUACCUGGUGUCAUCGAUGGACCGGGACACCUCGAUAAUAGUUCCCUUCGAAGUGUGAUCGAAAAACCACCGAUCGUGGGCAAAGAACUGCUUCCACUCACCAGCGUACAGCUCGCAGGAUUCCGUCUACAUCCCGGACCGCUUCCGGAGCAGUACAAACACUUAAAAACCGCACCAACUAGAAAGCAUAAGAAUAAGCAUAAGAAACACAAACACAAGGAUGGCGUUGCGCCACCGGAACAGUCUGCGCUCGAGGCGGCCGGGCUCGAUACGCACGAGAAGAAGCACAAAAAGCAGAAAAGACACGAAGACGACAAGGAGCGCAAGAAGCGGAAAAAGGAGAAAAAGCGCAAAAAACAGCGCCACAGUCCGGAGCAUCCGGCCGGCGGUGGUGGGACGGCAUCGGUACCGCCGCAAACGCAAGUCUAUUAG